AUGGCAACCGUCAAUCGCUUCACGUUCCUGGCCAUUGCCAUGGUCUUUCACCUUGUAUACAUAUACUCUAUUUUUGACAUUUACUUCGUCAGUCCCAUAGUCUCUGGCAUGAACCUUUUUCAAAUAAAUCGUCCCGAGGGAACCAAAGCACCAGCAGAUCGUCUCGUUCUCUUUGUUGGCGACGGACUUCGCGCUGACAAGGCCUUUCAAUCUUUUCCCGACCCCUCCCCCAAGACGCCCGACGAUGAUCUGACUCCGAAGCCUCUUGCGCCAUUCCUAAGAUCGCGCGUUCUAGAGCAUGGCACUUUUGGCGUAUCGCAUACUCGAGUCCCUACGGAAUCGCGACCCGGACAUGUCGCGCUCAUUGCUGGCCUGUACGAGGACGUAUCGGCUGUUGCGACGGGCUGGAAGCUCAAUCCAGUCAACUUCGACAGCGUCUUCAACCGAAGCAGACAUACAUGGAGCUGGGGCAGUCCGGAUAUUCUGCCCAUGUUCGAGAAGGGCGCCACCCCUGGAAAGAUUGACGCAUACUGUUACGAUGCUGAAUUCGAAGAUUUCACCUCGGAUGCCGUUCACCUUGACCACUGGGUCUUUGACCAUGUCAAGGAGCUCUUUGCCGAGGCCGAGAGGAACAAGACCCUGAAUGAUGCAUUGAGACAGGAUAAAAUUGUCUUCUUUCUCCAUCUCCUGGGACUGGACACUACUGGCCACGGCUUCAGACCAUAUUCAAAGGAGUACUUGAACAACAUCAAAGUUGUGGAUCAAGGCGUGAAGGAGGUUACAGAAGCGAUCAACGCAUUCUACGGCGACGAUAGAACUGCCUUUGUUUUUACAGCUGACCAUGGUAUGAGUGAUUGGGGAAGUCACGGAGACGGCCACCCUGACAACACGAGAACACCCUUGAUUACUUGGGGUUCUGGAGUGGCUCGGCCAGUCGUACAAGCGGAUUCAGUUGCUCCGGGCCACGACGAAUAUUCCUCUGACUGGAAUCUCGACCACAUCAAGAGGCAUGAUGUUGCGCAGGCUGAUGUGGCAGCCCUCAUGGCCUAUUUGGUCGGCGUCGAGUUCCCGGCCAACUCGGUUGGGGAACUGCCGCUAUCCUAUCUGUCCGCCAGCAUGCCCGAGAAGUCGCAAGCCUUGUUGGUAAACGCCCAAGAAAUACUGGAGAUGUACCGGGUGAAAGAAACUGCCAAGAAAGCGACUCAGCUCAGAUAUAAACCCUUUGCACCCCUAAGCAUGGGCCCCGAGGACCGUUUACAAAUUAUCCGAGAUCUGAUUGCAGCUGGCAGCCACGAGGAGGCUAUAGAGGAAACGGCAGUCCUCAUCAAAUCUGGCCUCGACGGCUUGAGAUACCUCCAAACAUAUGACUGGCUCUUCCUGCGAGCUGUCAUCACUGUCGGCUAUCUAGGAUGGAUGGCUUUCGCCCUUACCACCGUCCUUGAUUUGCACGUGUUGCAAGGUUCAACCCAAGCCCAGCGCAGUCUCGUCAGUGUGGUGUCAUUUUCGUCGGUGCUUGUUGUCCUCUAUGCCUCAUUCAUUGCCUCGCACUCUCCCAUUACAUAUUACGCCUACGCAUUUUUCCCAGUCUUCUUCUGGGAGGAAGUCUUUGCAAGAAGGCAUAGCUUGAUCAAGGGUCGUCAAGCUCUAUUUGGACAUGUUCAGUCGGGACCCAAAAUGGCCAACUUAAUUCUUGGUUCCAUCUCCUACCUUGGAAUUAUUGAGUCGCUGGCACUUGGAUAUAUUCAUCGCGAGAUUCUCACCGUGUUGUUCUGUGUAGGGGCUUUCUACCCUGCUGUUCUGGGUGUAUCGUUUCUACAGAAUCAUGCGUUACUCUCUGCGACCUGGUCUGUAUCUUGUUUCGUCAUGAGCACCUUCACAUUGUUACCGGCCAUGAAGACAGAAAACGUGACCCUGAUCUUGCUUGGCGGCAUUCUCAUGGUUGCCGUUGGUCUCACCUACCUAGCAUUUGAGAACAAAAUUCUUUCGGAUUUCUCGAGUGUGUCGACACCCAAAGCGCAAAGAACGGAGAACACCUUGUCUAGAGCCUUGAUUGGAGCCCAGAUUGGGCUCAUUCUGCUCGCCAUGUAUGUGACACGCUCGAGCGCACUGUCAUUACAAUCCAAAGAGGGUAUACCUCGCGGCAAUCUUGUCAUUGGAUGGGUCACAUUGAUUACCUCAUUCCUCAUGCCUCUGGCCCAUCGGCUUCAGCCCAACAGGCACUAUCUGCACAGGCUGCUGGUGAUCUUUCUGACAUUUGCACCCACCUUUGUCAUACUUACGAUUUCCUACGAAGGGCUUUUUUACUUUGCGUACUUCGUCACCUUGCUCACAUGGGUCCGAUUGGAGCAUUACAGUCAAAAGUUCUUGAAGCCACAGCCAUUGUCCAAUAAGGAACAAGCAAAUGGCAAUGGAAAGCCAUCAACCGAAAGUUUGAUUUCCAAAUUCCGGCCGCUCAAGCUUUCAGAUGCACGUGUUGCACUCUUCUUUUUUGUCCUCCUGCAGUCGGCAUUCUUUAGCACGGGAAACGUCGCGUCUGUUUCGUCGUUCAGCUUGGAGAGUGUCUGUAGGCUUGUACCAGUCUUUGAUCCCUUUUCGCAGGGAGCACUUCUGAUACUCAAGAUCAUGAUACCCUUUGCCCUGAUCUCGGCGAACCUAGGGAUUCUGAACAAGCGGCUAGGAGUCGCACCGUCUGCUCUGUUUAUGGUCGCCAUGGCACUCAGUGAUGUACUGACACUCCACUUCUUCUGGGUUGUCAAAGACGAGGGGUCAUGGCUCGAGAUAGGAUCUACCAUCAGCCACUUUGCAAUUGCGAGUCUGUUAUGCGUGUUCGUAGCCGCACUGGAGGGUAUUAGUGCCAUCUUCAUCUCGGGUAUCGAGGUGGAGAGCGAGGCUUCAAAAGCUAAAGCAAAAAGGCUAGAUGAGGGAACCGCGAUGGAUGCUGUGGCUGAACUGGUGGUCGGAGAGGCGAUCGAGGCACCAACCGAAAAGACAGCCGAUAUUAACGGCCAGACAUGA